AUGGGACCGAACUCGGAAGCCCAGGACGCGAGCGGAGUGAUUUUCCUGGACUGUGACGACUGCCUAUAUCAAAACGGCUGGGCCACAGCGGACAAGCUCACAGAGAGCAUCGCUGCGUACACCACCCGCCUGGGGGUCAGCAAGGCUCAGGCCUACGCUCUGUACAAAGAGCACGGAACCGCUCUGAGGGGCCUCUUGGCCCAAGGGCUCCUCGAUGCCGCGGGAGCGGAGAGGUACUUGCGAGAGGUACACGACAUAGAUUAUUCGGACAUCCAAGAAGAUGCUGCUCUGGAUGCCAUCUUGGGCCGGCUGAAAUGCGACUGGCCCGUCUGGAUAUUCACUGCCUCGACAGCAGAGCAUGCGCAGCGCUGUCUUCAGCGGCUGGGCCUCAGUUCCUUGCGGCUGUCCGGCAUCGUCGACACCCGAGCCUGCAAGCUGGAGACAAAGCAUUCUCCGGGCAGCUUCGAGGUGGCCAUGGCUGCGGCCGGGGACGUCAAGCCUCACCGGUGUGUUCUUUGUGACGACAGUCCGAAGAAUGUGCAUGCUGCCAAGUUGGCCGGCUGGCAAACAGUGCUGGUCGGCUUUCACAGCCGCGAGACGGGCGAGAAGGUUGUGUGCAAGGAGGCAGACUUCCACAUCGGUAGCUUACAUGGUCUGCCCGAUGUCCUUCCAGAGCUCUUCGUUUAG